UAUAAAAUGCAAUCGGUCGUCGUUUAGCAGCUUCUCGCCGAGGAUUUCGAGCGAUUUCAAACGCGUAACGGCCAAUAAUUGCCUUGGUGCCGCGCUCUCGCGGUGCACAGCGCAACUUGCAUCGCGGCGAAACGCGUAUGUUCCGUGCGCAGUCAAUAAUCCGAUCCCUGUCCAGCGGAUUUUUCUGUUCCUUGUCGUUUCCGCGGACACUUCUCAAAGCCGCCGGGAUUCCGCCGAACCGGUUCUACGGGCCGCGGAACUCGUUCCAUCUCGCGGCAGCGAGGAACGGGAACAACCCGCGAUAAACAACUCGCGCGGAUGUCCGUGAAUGUCGGACAUGAAACACGAUAAUCUCGGGCAAUCAUAUGACUCCUCCGCACGUGACUUUAUUUACAGUUGACUGAUACUCGCGGAACAUGUAUGGUGUAGUUCCCUGUGACAUGAUAGACCGAAAACGAGGCAAAGUUGGCGAGCAAUGCGGUAGCUAUAAACGGCCGGCUCGUUUAUAAUAUGCCUUUGCUCGAUAAGCUGUUCCCCUCGAGGAAGAGUUUCAGAAACAACGUGCAAACGCUCGUGGCGUCGAAUGUCGGAACGGAAGGAGACGAUAGAAACUCCGCGUUAUGCAUUGGGACAGGUCACGUGCGGAUUUUGUUAUUCCGCGAGUGCGAAUGGCGCGGAAGGAAACUCCUCUUUGAUUCCCUCCCGUUGGAGAGAAAAUGGUGUAAAAGUAAAACGACCGCGUUCAACAUUAAAAGCAAUGCCGAUUCGUCGAACGUCGGGUCGAUUAGCCUCGGAAGCAAUCCCAUGUUCGAGCGAGAAAGAAUGGCUGAGGAGGACAUCAGCUUGUUGAGCGAAAUGGUGUUUGGUACCGUAGCGAUGACGUACAGAGGAUCGUCAUUCAAGAUUCACUCGAUGAACUCGCCGUCCUGUAUCAUGUGCACAAAAGUCUUCCCUGCUACGGAGCACAACGUGUGCAAACAGCAAAACGAGAAAGUCUCGGACGAAGGGUUGGGUCGUUCCGUGAACUUGGAUUCUAAUUCCAGUAUGCGAACACUUUUGUCCCGACCAAGUUCUGGAAAUCUAUCGGGAACUGAAUUAAACGCUGGUGUCAGGAAAAGCUCGACUUGCUCCAGCACCGGUAGUGGGUGGAAUAUAGACAUACCACCACCGACAGGGAGUUCGCAAUCAUUGGAGAGCAAUGGUUCCUCCGGUAUCGGUAGUCUUUCAAGCUUGCGUCGAAGAUGGCUGCGUGGAGCCUCCACCUCUUUAGCACGAUCAGAGUCUGAUGAUACGUUUGGAGUGCAAUACUGGCCUGAGUGUGGAAGCGAUAAUAAAGAGGGCCAUAAUAAACGUCAUAAAACGAGACUUGGAUUAACGAUGUUGGUUCAACUAGCCGAAGGCCAUGAGAGAAGAAUAGAAAUUUGUUUGUUGGAGCACAUGGCUCUGUUGGAAGGAAUGCUAGAUCGCUUGCGAUAUUUCUGUAUUGACUCGAGUAACGUUAAUGCUCAGAAUAAAGGAAUGCAGCUUCCUGAACGUCUUUAUAGAUCUUCCUCGCAGCUCAUUGUUUCGUUAUUACGUUUACUUACAAACAUUAAUGCUGAUUUAAACUCGCGUACGCCUUUAUUAUGGCAUGACGUACUACUUAAUUCAGUGAAGAUAGAACAUAAAAUGAACAUGCUGCAUCGUAGUUUGGAACAGAUGUGUCAGUUGCUGGAUAAUAUCGACACAAAGUCGACCAAUUUUUUUUUAAGUACUGCUGUAACUGCUGUUUUAACAUAUCAUCUUGGUUGGAUAUAUACUACACUGCCAAUCCACGAUCAACAAUUGAUGGAGAACUUAGGCACCUGGUAUCCUUGUAAUCCAUUGUGGGCUCAAUUAGGUGACUUGUACGGUGCGCUAAGUAAUCCCAUCAGAGUUGCACACACGGUUGUUGCGGGUGAUCCUCAAAAAAUCGAUUUAGUUAAUUCUGUUCUAUUCUUCUUGUCAUACUUCAUUCGUAGUGGAGUAGUACAGAAACGAUACGAAUAUUGCAACGUUACUGAGGAAGACAUUCAAGAAGCUGCAAGUCUUCUGGAACAAGCGAGAAUAAAACGUCCGCAUUUAUUUACUAUGAAAGCGACAAGUAACGAUCGAGAAUCUGUUACUUGUCGACGCGCGUUACGCACGUCUGUUCGAAAAAAAGUCUCCGCGCAAGAGUUCUCGUACGACGCGGAAGACGAUAACAACGCCAUUAUGCAACGCUCCUAUCCUCAAUACAACGGAGAAAGAUUAGGAACGGAAGGAUCAAUUAGCUCUCUUAAACGUAGCAUCACGAUGGAAUCGAAUCUUGAUUCGUUCAUGCUGAAACCGGUUGAACGUGAAACGAAAUUCAUUUUGAAGGAGUAUCCUCGCGACGAUGACGGUAAUGAAAAAAGCACUGUCGACGAGAAAACCUGUACAUCUAGCAAAGUUAAAAUAGUAGUAAGCGAAAUUGCAUCGCAAGAUACUGACUCGGGCAAGACUGACAUGCAACAUCAUCCUGAAUUUUCGCUGCGUAAUUUUGAAAAGAAAAUGGAAGAUGACGAUUUAGACGAGGCGUACACGAAUUCUAAGAUAAAUGCUCUUCAGGACUUUGACGAUACAUUGAAAUUACAUUCAGCCAGGUCAGAAUUUCAAACUGGACAAAGUACGGACAAUGAGAUGAAGAACUCCCAUGUUUCUUUCACGCUCGGUGAUGAAGAAAAAUCUGUAAAAAGCUUGUCGCGAUCACGACUUGGAUACGAUUGUCAGUGUUCGUACAUGUUCACGAGAGUACCGAGCACGUCUGCACAAUUGCCAGAAGGUGUAUUAAGAAAAAUUAUUCAAAGAAACUUCCCUGAAUCGUCCAAAAGUAUCCACCCACCAGGAGCUUCACGAUCUCUAAGGUUUUGUCAAAAAUGUAACGGGCAAGGUUACGUACCUUCACAAAAUUAUGAUAGCUGCAAACAAGUUUUAGAAACUCCGACUAACGCAACAGAAGUAUUGCGCACUUGUGGUAAUACCGUGGGUGAUGGAAAUGUUGGAUUGUCAAGAUCGAGCAGUCUAGAAGCAUUGAUGGAAGCUAAUAGUGUUAUCGAAUUACCGAUGCCACGGACGAAAAAAAUGAAAAAGACUGACUCAUAUCAAGAGACAGGUUUUACAAGAACCCUUUUGCAAAACAGAAUAAAACCCACAGAAUCACUGGGACUAAAUAACUCUGAGGCGUCUUAUACGUGGGGUCUAGUUUUACAAGGUUUGCUGAAAAAGAAGAAAAGGAGAAAAAAGAAAAUUGUCCAAGAAAAAGAAAACAGAGAUAACUGCGAAGUAGAUAAAGAAUGGUGGUACUGCAUACGUGAAGAAUGUCUUGCCAGUGCACGUUUUCCGACUAUUGAUCAACCAAUUGCCGAAUCACUUUGUAUUUUAGCGGAUUUAGAUACUUGGCAUGUUGGAAUCAUCUCUAAUAAUAUGCCUUCGCAUACUGCACCAUUACUGAUUGGAAUGUCAAGGCUCGUUGCCAAUAUGCUGGAAGGCUUUGCUUAUUUAUGGCGAAAAUAUCAUUCAGCUUCACAAUGUAUAGGUAUAUUGGAAGCAAAAUUAAAAGAAAUGUGGCUAAAAAGUGAAGCAUUAGCUGAAAUGUUAUUAGCAACAGAAGUAUGCGAUGCCAGCGUUGCAAAUUUGACAAACGCUCUUGAUCUUGAUGCAGCGGAUAUACCACUUUUACUUGCGGUUGCAACCUCCCACUCGCCUGAGAUAGCCCAAAAGUUUGGUCUUACACUUACUUGAUUGUAUCUCAUUUUUAUGAAUUUUACUUUAGGACGUAAGACUUUGUCCGAUAUAGCGGAAAUAUCUCAUUAUUUACAAAACAUGGUUGUAGAUUGUUAUUGUUGUAUUGGGUAUACCGAUUAAACUAUCGUCCGUUCUCUAAACAACAAAAAAGACACAUGAAUGUUCAAACAAC